AUGGAGAACUCCGUGAGGCACUCAGUCGACAUAAAAUCGGAAGACUUCGUCGUCCUGAUUUCGCUCCAAAACCUACAGACAUUCAUCAUGAUAGGAUACACAGCCGUGAAUAAAGACCACCUGAACUUUGACUUCUCCUACCUGUGGGCACUCUGCAUUGGCACGGGUCUCUUCAUAUACUCCCUGAUCAGUUUUGUUCUCAUAAGAUCCCUCGUGUUAUCAAAGAUAGACAUAGGCAAAUACGUCCUAGAGUUACUAUUCAGUUUGAGUAUAAUCGUCACGUGUUCACUGUCCAUAAUAAUUGACUCCUUCAAAAUUGCAAACAUGCAGUUGCUCUUUUUUUCAUUCGCUUUAACAGGCUAUGCCUAUUACAAUUUGAUCAGCCUCUUCUUUUUUUGCACACUCAUAGGAAUGAUAAUUCAAUAUAAUAUAAGCUUCACUGGGUUUAGAAUGCAAUCGAAUUCUUUUUUCUUUUUGGACAUGCUAUCCUACCUAGUGCAAAUUAUUGGGGGAAAUAUAUUAUACUUUCGCAUGUACGAACUGUGCACUUUAAUUGUGAUUUCGAAGAGGAACCCAUGCAAGUAUGUCGUCGCAUCGAAGGAAGUAAAACACGUGGAGAAACAAAUUUUUUCAUCCUUAUUCAAUUCUUACAUGUGCAUGAAGUCGAAAACUUAUUCAGAUUUAACAUGCACUAAUGAUCUUUUAAAUAAAGAGAGUCAAUCUGUUGUCGGUAGGGAUGAUACUCACUCUAAGUGGAACUCCCACGUUGGUACUUCCUACCAUGACAAGGUUAGUCACACGAAGAAGUUACUCCUUCGACGAGGCAAAAGGGACAAACGCAAUCUCAAGGGGGGAGGUCGAUUAACAUGUGCAAAACAUAGCGCCUACCAUAAUAGCCGAAGUCUUGCCAACUGUGCCACCAAGCAUACCUCCAACUGUACAACUAACUUUAGAAUAUCUAACACCCUUUCACUUAAAAAUAAUUUCAACCCUAACCUAACCUCAGAAGCUGCUUCUCCCCCCAUUUGUAAAAAAUGCCUUUCGGAAAAAAAUAGCCAUAAGGAUAAUACGUACAAACACAUGGAAGAGAAAAAAAAAUACAAAUUUUGUAUCCAAUCAGGCACUGCAAAUAAGUCGAACGAGUUGGACAACCAUGGGGUAGACUCAACAUGGAUGGCUAAUCCUACCUACUCAACUACUACCCAUGGGAAGGAUAUCAGCCGGGGGGGGAACAACUCAACCAGGGGAUACCCCCAAGACAAUGAAGUGCUCAUCCAAAUUAGGGGAACUAACACAGAUAAGGAUGCAGUCCCGGUGUGCAACUCGAACGCUAGUUGGAUCAAGUCCACUGCAGUGAUUGACAUGUCGGGGGAGGGAAAGCAGAAAAAGGGCCAUCCCAUAGAUACAUCAGCUGAUCUACCAUCGGACAAUAAACCUUCAUACAACUCGUACCGCAACCGAUGUGCUUUCCCCCCAAAUGAACAACCCAGGUACUACGCCUGUCCGUGCUACCAGACCCAUUCCAGCGGAUCAUCCCUCAGUGAUGUGACCUCAGAACAAAGGACAAAGAGGAAAAUUAGUGCCCAUAGCUUGGUUGAAGGGGGAAACACCAAAAUGGAUAAUCAGCAAAAUCGCCGCGUGAGCAGCAAACGGAGAGAUGGCGCGAAGAGUGAAGAACAUCACCCCCCCAAUGACCCACUUGCAGAUAACUCAAACGGAAAUGACCAUACCUACCACUGCAAUGUGAUGACAUGUAGUUAUAAUAUAAUAAAAGGCACACACAAUGUGAGUACGCACAGUGGAGGAAGAAAGGGUGAUAAGUCCUCUCGAGCGAUCGGGGGUCAACGAGUUGAAAUUGGUGAAAUAGAGGCCAUCCCUCGAGGAACAAACCCUAUCCAAGCGUGCCCCGACGGUGCCCCCCUCCCCCGCGGAAGAAGGCCCUCUGCCCACAGUAACUGCACGGAUCACCUGGGCGAUGAAAGUCGCCAAAGUGAAAGCAAAUUUGAGUCCACGUCAAACGAGGACGCGUCGGACACUCUGGAAAGAACACUGCCUGAAAAGGAUCAGUCGAAUGGGCCAAACCAACCAACGCAGAACGGGGCAAAGCUAUCGGAUAAGGAAAACCUAUCAGACAAGGAAAACCUAUCAGACAGGGAAAACCUAUCAGACGGGGCAGACUUAUCAAACAGGGCAAACCUAUCAAACAGGGCAAACCUAUCAAACAGGGCAAACCUAUCGGAUGAAGGCCGUGGGGUCCACCCAAACAACAACAAUGCCCCGGCGAGCGCCAAAAAGGAAACAAAUUUUCACAAAAAGCUCCUCUUGCGCAAGUCCAAAAGUUCGCUACACAUGAGCCAAUGGGGCGAAAACACCCCGCACAGACACACCUCGCGCAGCAGCAACAACACCAAGCUGAUCACAUUCACAAACAAGGAGUUACAAAAUGGAAGUAACAGCAACUUGAAGUGUAAAUAUAGCAAAAAAAAUUCAUCAAGGCAACACGAAAUGUUAGACAAAAUUAUACAAUAUUUAUUUGUGCACAUUCCAGAAUAUUUUAAAAACGUCUUCGAUAUGACGAAGAAAAUAUUUUUCGAUUUAAAAAAAAAAAAAGUGCUCAUGCAAAAUGCAACUUGGAAAAAUAAAAUAUUCAUCCCUGAAAGGGACCCACUAGGGUUAUUCAAAAAUGAAAACCUAGAAAAAUGGUACGUGUCCUGGAUGGACGAAUUUAACAGAAAUAUUAUCGCAAAAACUUAUUAUAUAGCCAUCUACCUCAUUAUGUAUAUAAUUACCCUAGACUUUGUAACAGCAUACAAAUUGUACUACACAACAACGAGAAGGAUGAUCAACGGGGCGUUACUCACACACUACAAUUACCUCCGCUACUACUUCUUCAAAUCGAUAGUCAACAUAAUUGUGUAUCUCCUCUACAUUCUUUUUGUAACAUUUAAAAUACGAAAGGACCCCACUUAUAAUAUUAAGCGCUAUUAUUUUGUCACCCUUUUGUUGUGUCUAGCCAAGCUCAUCAUAUCAUCAUCGGAUAUUUACGUGGCCAUCACCUCGCUAGAUUACUUUAUCAGUCCCUACUACGUGUAUAUAUACAUCCAUAUGCUAAUUGUGCAAACGUCGAUUUUGUUAAUAAUUCGAUACCCUACACAUUAUUUACUCUUUUUUCUCUACAUUAUUUGCUUCACUUCCUUAUAUUGGUCUUUCUCCAUUCACAAAAGUUUUAUGGAAUUCAUUUUUAUCAUUGCUUGUGUUUCUUUUACCAUUAUUUAUUCUUAUGUACUUUGCUCUAGGACAGUGGAGAUCAAUCGGCGCAUUUUGUUCUCCAAGUAUGAGUUGCCCUACCUCUUGUACCUCAAAGAGAUUGCCGGUUGUCUGAACAGACGACGCUCCCAGGGAGGUGUCUGA